AUGCCAUUUGCCUUUCAACAGUUGUGUUUUGAGCUACAGUUGUCGUUGAAGUACUCAGUCCCCGCAAUGCCACUAAAAUUGGCCAACAACGAACCCGCUGCGACAAUACAAGAUUUCGUGGGCAUACCACUGUUUCUGCUAACCUUUAUGGGCGUGAAACUCUUCAAAUGGACUCCUGAAGAAGCGUCGAGCAAACGACAACUGAUAAUGCUCGGCGUAUUUUGUGUAUUUGCGACAUAUAAUUUCGCCACAAUGAUACUCUACAUUAUGUACGAGCCAUUGAAUUCCUCACUCGACAUAACGGAAAUCAUCUUAUUCUGGGGUUUCUCACUCAAUGGCAUGAUGAAGCUGGCAAUAAUGAUAUUAUAUCGCAAUGAAUUGAAAUCUAUAUUGCGCGGCUUGGGGGCACGACAUCCACAGACGGCAGAGGAGCGUAGUAUCUAUCGCUUGGUGCCGUAUUAUAAUAAAAUACUCAUCUAUAAUAAAUAUCUAGCUGCAUGGCAUUUGAGCAUAACAACACUCUUCAGCUUUCAUCCCUUAGUGGCUUCAAUACUGGGCUACAUUUUCCGUCGCGAUAGCAGUGACGGCUACGAUUUCACCUUGCCCUUUAUGAUGUGGUACUACUAUGACACGACUAAGCCCAUUCUCUAUAUCUUCAGUUAUGUUGUACAAACUUUUGGUGCUUUCUGGAUGUCGCUACUCUUUUUAUCUGGCGAUUUAUUGUUGAUAUCACUGGUGCAUUUGGUGAAUAUGCAUUUUGAUUAUUUAAUCCGGCAUAUUGAGAGCUUUCAACCGAAUGGCACUGAUGAGGAUAUGAAAGUGUUGGGACCACUGUUGGCAUAUCAUCAGGAGAUACUGGAUUAUGCUGAGCGCAUCGACUCCACAUUCAGCUUGGGCACGCUGCUCAACUAUGCGGGCUCCUGUUUGGUACUCUGCCUCAUCGGCUUGCAGAUUGUUUUGGGCUCUGAAUUUUUAAAGGUUGUCAAAUUUAUCGCCUUUCUUGUUUCCACAAUUGUGCAGGUCUUUUUCGUCUCCUACUUUGGCAAUAAUUUAAUGGAUUUGAGUAUCGGCAUGAGUGAUGCCUUCUACAAUCAUCCCUGGUAUGAUGGUAAUUAUAGAUAUUCACGUAUGUUGGUACUGCCCAUCGCUCGUGCCCAGCGUUAUGCCCAUUUGACGGCUUUCAAAUUUUUCGAAAUCUCAAUGGAUAGUUUCAAAUCGCUCUGUACCACUUCAUAUCAAUUUUACACCCUCUUAAGGACGAGCUUGGAGGAGGAAGCUGGUUGA